ACUUUCUUCUCUCUUGGCUAAAGAAGAGUUGAACUUGAAUGUGCAGGAAGUUAUUGUUAACUGUUGCUGUGAACCACUGUCCUUGUGCAGUGCAAGGCAAAGCAGCCAAGCAAAGUCUCUUCUGACAAACAUCAGCAACUUGGCACACCAGUGUGCCUACCACUGCCUGCCAGAUGUUGAAAUACCUAUUCACAGCUCUGCAGUUGCCUCUGAGGAUAUCUCCACUCAGGCCACAUCCCCUCUGAGUGACUUGAGCCAGCACAUACUGACUGCCUCCUCCCUGGACUUCCUAAAGUCUCAGUCAAAGCUAAUGGCCACAGUGGCAUGUCUAAGUGCAUCUAAUAUCCAGAAAAUUUCCAAAUCAAGUUUGUCUUGGAUGGAAUUUCGGGGCAAACGAGAGGUGCCUUUAGGUUUGGAACAAAUUUCCAGAGAGUGUGAGGCAUUGUUGAAGGAGUUCCCAAUAUUGGAACAAUUUCUUUUUGCUAUGUUUGAGCCACUUCGGAAUCAAGAGGAAGGAAACAGUUUGGCUACUGUCUUCUCUGGCAAGAUAUACAUAUCUCUGGUGCUCCUAGGAUUGCAUUCUACCACAGCUGUUAAAGUAUUAAUGGGAGUCUUUGAACAAUCUCUUGCUGCAAAGGACUGGGACAGAGCACUGAAGGUCUUGGAUCUGUACACUCAGAAUGUGGAGGAGAUGGUCAUUGUGAAGGAUGCUGUGCUGAGCUGUGCAGCUGCUGAAGAUAAGGAUGGUUGGCAAUACUUGUUCUCAGUGAAAAAUGCAGUGUUGAGAAGUAGGCUGGCCCUGCGCUGUCUGGACAAGUGGCCCCUUGAUGCCUGUUUGGAAAUCCUGGCUUAUUGCAUUUCUGAUCUGGGUGUAACUAAUGAACUAAAAGCCAAUCUGCAGAGCAGGAGGAAAGAACUUCAGGUUUAUCAAAAGAUAUUGAAUGUGCAAAACGAACCAUUGUGGAGUGACUGGCAGGAUCUGAAAAAAGCCUGCACUGAUGACCCCCAGGCUGUCAUGAAUAUCAUUCUGAAGGCAAAGGAUUAUGAGUUGUGUGAGGAAUGGGGACACUUGUAUCCUGUCCCAAGAGAAGACUUGAUAAACCUACACCGUGAGCACCUUCUCCACCUACUGGAGAUGGGAGAAAUGGAAAAAGCCUUACAGCUUUUACAAAGAAUUGAAGACCCUGGUGUUUGCCUUGCUAUCAGUGAACAGUCCCUGGACCAGCAUCCGAACUUGGCAGCCUCUCACUUCUUGGCUGAUUACCUUACAGCUCACUUCUAUGCAAAUCUGACGACAGCGCGCCGCAAGGAAAUCCAGGCACUCUAUACAGGAUCAAAGGUGCUGCUGACUCUGCCUGAGCUCUCCCGUGUUAACUACUUCCACCUCUCCUCAAGGCCACUGCUCAUGCUGGAACAGCUCCUCAUGAAUAUGAAGGUGGACUGGGUAGCUGCUGCUGUGCAGACACUGCGCCAGCUCUUAGCUGGGCAGGAAGUUGGUUUUACUGUAGAAGACAUUGACAAUUUGCUUUCCAAGUAUGCAGAAAAAGCUCUCAAGUUCCCUUUUGCAUUAAAAGAAAAGAGAUCAGAUUCUCUGAUACGUGUCCAAGAAAGUCUCAAUCAGGUAUUGGAAUGUGAAGCGUUGUCUAAAUUAGGAUCAUCAGAACUAUCUCCUGUCAGCUUUACUGGUGUAACCAUAUCUGCAAGUCCCAGAGACAGAAGUCUGCAGCAGAAUUUGUUUCCUCAAGAAUUUGUGCCUCCUGAGAAGCCACCACCAAAGCAGCAAUGGAUACCUGAUGACACUGAAACUAUAUGUAUGGUUUGCAAAACUGAACGUUUUACUAUGUUUAACAGGCGCCACCACUGCAGGCGCUGUGGGAGGUUGGUAUGCAACUCUUGCUCCACCAAGAAAAUGGCAGUAGAAGCUUGCAGGGAAAGUCUGUCUCGUGUGUGUGAUCAAUGCUAUAGCUACUACAACAGAGAAAACCUGCCUGGCUUGGUACAAGACACAAGCAC